UCAACCAUCAGCUAGAUUGAGUAGAUUCUACUCAUUUCACCAUGCAAAGCUCAUGCAAAUCAUACGUCUGCCUCUUCUCAGUUUUUGUCUUCCUGAAUUACCUAAUAACCGUAACCGCUAAGCCCGCCUCCUCUCCUUAUUCCGGCACGGAUAAUGUCGUGCUUAACUGCGGCUCCUCUGCUAUCUCAACUGACCCUGAUGGCAAGGAGUGGACCGGAGAUGUUGGCUCAAAAUUCAUUUCCUCACAGCCUAAUGAAACCUCCAUAGUCUCAAAUUCCACUUCCCAAUCCAAAUCCGGCAAUCAUGUCCCUUACACUACGGCUCGGAUCUUUGUUUCUCAGUUCACCUACACGUUUCGUGUUAGUCCGGGCCAAAAGUUUAUACGCUUCUACUUCUAUCCAGCUGCAUACCAUGGUUUUGACAGGUUUAAAGCGUAUUUCACUGUUACUGCCGGUCCUUUCACUCUCCUAAGCAACUUUAAUGCUUCCCUUGCUGCUCAUUCUUUGGGCUCAGACAUUUUUGUCAAAGAAUUCUGCGUAAACGUAGAAGAGGGUCAGAGACUGAACAUAACCUUCACUCCGUCUACAAAUACUUCCAUUGAUGGCGCGUAUGCAUUUAUAAAUGGGAUUGAGAUCGUCUCAAUGACCACCAGCCUCUGUGACAGUCAUAUUGGAGAUAAACGUGUACCACUUGCCGGCCAAAACUCCCAGUUCCUUAUCAAAAACUACAGUACCGCUCUAAAACACAACAAGUACUCAAAACGCACGAAAUCGCUCUUGUUCCUCGCCAUUUUUCGGGCUUCCCUAGGUGUCGUAACUGUUUUUCUUCUCUUGGGCUUAACAAUUUUCAUGCAGAGGAAGAGAGCAAGGCCCCACAAGAACCAAACAUCAGUAGCUCUUGAAGGAUUGUGCCGUCGCUUUACUCUGGCAGAGAUUCGUACUGCCACAAAUAACUUUGACAGGAAUCUUAUCAUUGGAAGAGGCGGCUGUGGUUACGUGUUUAAAGGUCACAUCGAUGAUGAACUCAAACCGGUAGCCAUCAAGCUCUUUGGGCCAACCUCGAAACAAGGGUUCCGCGAGUUUCGAACGGAGAUCGAAAUGCUAUCAAAGCUCCGUCACCCCAACCUGGUCCCUUUGAUCGGUUACUGCAACGAUGAGCCGCACAUGAUCAUUGUGUAUGACUUCAUGGCCAACAAAACGCUUCGUGAUCAUCUUUACAACACGGAUAAUCCUCCGUUGUCAUGGAAGCAGAGGCUGGAGAUUUGUAUUGGUGCUGCUCGAGGACUAUUGUACCUCCAUGAAGGUGCUGAACACCCGAUCAUACACCGCGACGUCAAUACCAGCAACAUUCUGCUCGACGAGAAUUGGGUGACGAAGGUUUCGGACUUUGGGAUGUCUAGACUGGGCCCUACAAGCCUGUCAAAGAGCCACGUCACCACGGAUGUGAAGGGCACCUUCGGGUAUAUGGACCCGGAGUAUUUCUUGACCACUCAUCUAACGAUGAAAUCCGACGUGUUUGGGUUUGGGGUGGUGUUGUUUGAGGUGUUGUGUGGAAGACCAGCGGUGGAUACGGGUCUAGAUGAUGAGCAACAAAGUUUGGCCCUAUGGGCGCAACAGUGUUUUGAAGAUCGUACACUUGAUCGGAUCAUUGAUCCCCGUCUGAUCGGUAAAAUUGCACCGCAGAGCUUAAAGGUUUACGCGAUGAUUGCGUAUAAAUGUUUAUACGAUUUUAGAGAUCGACGGCCCAAAAUGGCUAAAGUGUUGAGGGCCCUUGAGCUUGCCAUGGAGUUGCAGGAGAUUGCUGAUGGUGGGGCCCAUACGGUGGUGAUCGACAAGGAAGUUCCAUCGCGUGGGAAAGGGAAUCCGGUGGUGUCAAGACCAGCGAACAAUGGUGAUCUGGUGCAUUCGUGUCCAACGCUUUGGAAGAGCAGUAUAUCCCGAAAGGAACUUGUAAGGUUUUUCAGUGACAAGGCAUUUAAAUGGGUUAAAUCACCAAAGCCUCGCUGUCUAAAGGCAUAUUGUUGUGGGGCUCCCGAGUAUGAUGGCUUGCCACGUGUCCAGGUGCAAAAGCCUAAUUUAAGAUGCGGCGGACCAUAUACGACACCGGGGAAGAUUUUAAUUGAGAUUACGAACGUCAAAGCCCAAUAAUUGUACAUAAAUGUCGGUCGCUGAUUCACUUUCUUUUUUCUUUUCUUUUCUUUUUUUUUUCUUUUUUUUUUUUUUUUUUUAAUUUAUUUUUUAUGCUAAGUAGUGGAGCAUAUUAAAAAGAGUAAUGCUACACAUCAUCUGUUUGUCAUUUUUUUGUCCCCCAAAAUUGAUGUGGCUCUUAAAAUCAUCAUUGAAUUUUUGAUAUGUGACUAUUGAAUUUGAUCCAAUGGUGAUUUUAAGAGUCACAUCAAUUUUGAGAGGACAAAAGGAAGACAAGGAGAUGAUUUGUAGCAUUACUCAAUUAAAAAUGCAUAGAAAUGCUAUACAUAAGACUUUCUUCCGUUUCUCUUCCGUCUUUUUCCUUACGUGUCAUUUUUUUUCCUUUUUUUUUUUUUUAAAAAAAAAAAUAAAUAAAUAAAAAAGGUUGAAAACGCGGGUGCUCGACAUUUCAAAUUCAUUUCCAAAAUUUCCCCCCAUUUCCCAAAUCUUCCCCUCUCCACCGUCCCUCCCCCAUCGACCGACUGUCGCCCAACAACCGGCCCACCGACCGACACCGUCCCUCGCCUAGCUCUCUCUCUCUCUCUCAGACCCAGCAGACCGACCGUCGAUCUCUUGCCGCUCUCUCUCUUGUUUCUCUCUCAGCUUCCUUUCUCUCUCGUUGCAAACCCAUCGAGCGCCACCCAUCGGAGCACCGCCCACCGUAGUUCCACCGCCGACCAGGAGCACCGACCACUGUAUUCUCUCUCUACGGCAUCUCUCUCUCUCUCUCUUCACGGUUAUUAAUGAUAAAUUUGGCAUUGUUGAGGGUCUAAUUACCACUGUUCACUCCAUCACUGCUACUCAGAAAACUGUUGAUGGGCCAUCUAGCAAGGACCGGAGAGGUGGAAGAGCUGCUUCAUUCAACAUCAUUCCUAGCAGGUACAGGAGCUGCUAAGGUGACGAGCUUCUUCAUUCUGUGUUUAACUUGUAGUUGGACACUCAUUCAAUUUGUAUUUGUACAGCUUCGACGAUCUGUCAUCUGGGUUGUGAUAACUAAAGCACUAAUUCCAAAUUUUUUAUGUGAAGGCUGUUGGUAAAGCGUAUCAAAAACUGAAUACCCAAUUUAUUUGAUUGCUACUGAAAUUUUUAGACACAAAGGCUGUUGGUAACAAUUCAACCAAGCUUAGGUACAUGUUUUUGAUUGCUACUGAAAUUCCUGCGUGUUUACAAAUGAUUGUCCUAGGAUAGAAAAACUAGAGUGGAGUAGCUCAAGCAGUCAGGCUAAACUUCUGGGUACCAUAGUAUCAAUCACAGGAGCAUCUGUUGUGACAUUAUACAAGGGCCCACCAAUCAUCAUUACACCCUCUUCUAGUCAACUUCUUCUGUCACCACAAUCAAGCUGGAUCCUUGGAGGCAUUUUGCUCACAGCUGAUGCUUUUUCCUACUCUGCGUGGUAAAUAGUGCAGGCAUCAAUCCUUAAAAUCCACCCAGCAGUGGUUGUCAUAUUAUUUCACAUGUUCUUUUACUACACCAUUUCGUCUGCAGUAUUCACUCUGAUUAUUGUCAGAGACCCAGAUGCUUGGAGUUUAAGGCUUGACAUGGGUUUGGUUGCUAUAUUAUACACAGUAAGCAGAUAGCAAACCUUAUCUCUUGAAGAGGACAAGAGGAUAGCUAAUAGCACACAUACCCGUUCUGCUUCAUAUUAAGUAAGCGGCACCACCACAGAGACAAGGGAUAGAGGUUGAAUUGCAAUGUUGGCUUGCUCACUGGUUUUUUCAUUGAUAUGAUCUGUCAUUCUUUUAUGAAAUGAAGUGGAGAUUUUUGCUUUACCCUUGUGCAUUUUUUUUUUCCUGUAUAGAUAUCAUUAUGCGCUUACUUAUUUUCUCGAGUAAAAGCAUUUUUUUUUUUUCAUGUUAUCUUGAGCUAUAUUGAAAUUUUAGUUCUUGGUUCUUAAUUCUGAAUUUGGAGAGAGAGAGAGAGAGAGAGAGAGAGAGAGGAUUUGCAAAGUCUUGGUAUCUUCAUACGAAACAAACUUGUUUAGCUAACAAUUCUGUUAUUGCCUUGAAAUUUCAUUUAGUUGCCCUUUGGGAGGAUAUUUUUUCGGGAGGUUUCUGUUGUCUCCGGUUAUGGUUGUAUCCAAAUCUACUUUACUGAUUUGCAAGUUCUUGUUUGGUUUGAUCAUGGUAUCCAUGUAACCAUAACUUCUUUUUUCUUAUUCAGGGUGAUGGAAGUUCAGAGAAAGAAGUGGAAGAGAAGGAAGUGGAAGUAGCAUCUUAUGGAAUAAUGUUUUUGGUGAAUUUUGUAAGCAGGGCAAGGUGAGCAUGCAGACAUUUAUGUGCACCACGACAGAGUUGAAGUGCAGGGAACAUGCAGAAGCAAAGCACCCCAAAUCUGUUGUUACUGCUUGUUUUCUAUGUACAUCUAAUUCAUGCACUGCCUUAAGUGUGCAAUAUUGAACGGUGUGGGUAAAAUAGCCAGUUCAGGAGAAGUGGCUUUUCUUGAUUCCAUUCUCUACUUGUCUAAUCUUAUUGCCUCUAGCUAGUAGAUUGAGUUGCUGAUUUUUUAUUUUUUUAAUCUCAUUUAGGGUUAGCCACUGGAAUUCUCUCUUGUAAACUACCUAAGCAGAUGUUCUUUUGCUUACUUUGUUCUCAUCAUAAAGGGGUUUGUGUCAUUUGUAGCCACAACUGUUUCUCUACAUUACAUUUAAAUAAUAAGAUUAUUUCAUUUCCAGCCA